UUCAAACAGGAACAGUCGCUCUCUUCUUGUAAAUUUGUAAUGUUUUGAUGGUGAGUAAAGAUGGCGGAAUCUGGGGAUUCAAAGCCCACCUGUACAUUUUUGUUCAAAAAAUCUAACAAGAAGUUUAGUGCUCGGAAGAGGAAAGCCAGUGGUAGCGACAAAGAUGGAAGUAGUGACGAGGAGAAGAGCACUGUUGUCCGCAGGCUGAAGAAGACGACGGGGAACCCAAUGAUUCAGAAGACUAAGAAAGUAGAGAAGGAGGUUGUUUCAUCAAGUGAAAGUGAUGCUAACCAUGAAGAAGAGAAAGUGACCGUGUCAUACAAAUCUACACGCUCUGCGAAACCAGAGGGCCCUGACGAUAUGGGUGCUACUGCUACCUAUCAGCUGGACACAGAGAGGGAUAAAGAUGCGCAGGCUAUCUUUGAGCGCAGCCAGCAACUUCAGGAGGAGCUGGCUGGCAAAGACGAUGACAAGGUGUAUCGUGGGAUCAACAACUACCACAAGUACAUUAAGCCCAAGGACUCCACUAUGGGAAAUGCGUCUUCAGGAAUGGUCAGAAAAGGUCCCAUUAGGGCCCCAGAGCACCUCAGGGCUACAGUGAGGUGGGACUACCAGCCAGACAUUUGCAAAGACUACAAAGAAACAGGCUUUUGUGGUUUUGGAGACAGCUGUAAGUUCUUGCAUGACCGUUCAGACUACAAACAUGGCUGGCAGAUAGAACGGGAAUUGGAUGAAGGCAGAUAUGGUGCAAACGAUGAUGAGAACUAUGAAAUUAGCAGUGAUGACGAAGACUUCCCCUUUAAGUGUUUCAUCUGCAGAGAAUCCUUCAAAAACCCAAUUAUAACAAAGUGUCGGCAUUAUUUCUGUGAGGCCUGCGCCCUUCAGCAUUACCGUAAAUCCAAGCGGUGUUACGUGUGCAAUGUCCAGACCAAUGGCGUCUUCAACCCAGCAAAAGAACUGAUGGCAAAGUUGGCAAAGCAACAAGCUGCCACUGACCAGCCACCAUCUGAAGAGGAAGACUAGCAUCAUGUCCAGCAUCCUUUUAAUUAUUUGUUGACUUUAAUGUAUGAUAUCUGUAUUAUUCUUGAAACAGUGCAAACCUUUGGAAUAAAAAGUUUUUUUUUUUUUUUUUA